UAAACAUCAAAGCUCCCCUCCGCCGCCGCCGACCCCGACCCCGUGGACCGCCGCCGACCAAGAUGAACCACGUCAAGACCGCUCUUCUCUCUGGCCACCGCCCCCAUCGUCUUUCCACGGCGGCGGCGCCGCAGCAGCUGGUGGCCACCGCGUCGUUCCACUCCACGCCUCCCCUGGAGCGGAAGCGCAAGACCCAAUGGCACCAGAGAUUCAACUAUUAUGCGAAACGCAGGAGAAAUAGAGAUACACAAAGGACAGUGAUACGGAAUAUCUCUGAGUAUGCGGAGUACCUCUUCGAUACUUGGCGGGAUGAAGAUGAAAAAAAAGAUGCAUCUUGUGGACCUUCAUGGUUUAGGGGACACCGUUGGGUCAGGGAUUCAAAGCCUAAUGGUUUCCGGACACAUGAGUUUUAUUAUGAUAAUAUCAAAAGCAAGGGGACAGGGGGAUUUGAGUUUUGCACAAGUGAUGAUGAUGGACCAGAGACCAUCUUUCGUAAUGCUUUUCAUGGGAACCAGCAGACAUAUUAUUGGUCCUUCGAGUCUGAUGAUUUUCAAAGGAGGAAUUCCAGACGUUCUCAUUCAGAAAGGUCCAGACACUGGAGUUAUGAAACAGACGAUGAAGACGAAAUAUCCCCCCAGACAGAGGUAUCUGUGGCCCGUCAGGCUCUUGGCUUGAGCACCAAUGGCCCAUUAAAACUUGAAGAUGUUAAAAGCGCAUACCGGACAUGUGCACUUAGAUGGCAUCCUGAUCGUCAUAAUGGCUCAUCGAAGGCUACUGCAGAGGAGAAAUUCAAACGUUGCAGUGCAGCAUACCAGACCCUAUGCGACAGUUUGGCUACCGCCUAAAUAAUGUGAUACAGAGACCUGGGCUCAUUUGUUCCUUCCACCAGCAGAUCAACUUCAUAACUGCAACUUAUGCAGGCCUAUGACCUGCAGACAACCUUCAGAUCUGCAGAUUCUGCUGAGCUCAAGCAUUAAAUUCAAAGAAUUGCUUGGUUCCCAAAGGAAUUAACUCAAGCCAAUAAUGUACAUGUCCAUGUGACAUUUAAAAAUUGUCGUUGUACUUUUAGGGAUAUGAAGACACGUUUUGUACCGAGCAGGAUAAUUGUCAUGGCCAGGUUAUCUAACCCAAUUUAGCCAGUUUAACUGGAUAGUCAGAUGCUUUAUCUGGUUCUGCAAACUGUUGAGUACAUUGUGGGCUUUCAGUCUUUGCUGCAUUACAGGAUGGUAGGAGAUAUCAAAACUCUUUGAUCAA